AUGAGCUUGCUACAAAACGAAAGUUUGGUAAUAGAAAAGAACUGUUCCGAUUCAAAUGCUAACAAUUUGAAAACGGCUCUUCACGCCAGUGUAAUCAUCUUGAUAAUGACUCUUAUAGUUCUUGGAAAUCUUAUGGUGCUUAUCGUAACUUUUCGCCAAAGAAGCCGUCCCAGCGUGCGAGUGGCAAACAUGUUCAUCGCCAAUCUCGCUGUUGUGGACCUCUCCGUUGCAGUAUUACUGUUUCCCUUUUCCGUUGUGACGAUUCUACUUCGUCGAUGGGCCUUUGGAGAGGCGUUAUGUCAGUUCAAUGGCGCCACUAAUAUGAUUGCGGGUGCAGCUUCCAUCCUGACAAUGGCGGUUAUCAGCUUUGACAGGUAUCGUGCAAUAGUUUCGCCACCGGGCAGUAAGGUCACCCCCAAACAGGCCUGGGUACUACUAGCCGUAAUAUGGGCGUGGUCGAUCACCAUUGGCGUUCUUCCAGUUCUUGGUUGGAACCAAUACGCACAUAGCUCUCUGAACACCAUGUGCAAGAUUUCGUUCAGCGAGGGACGCGGCUACAUCCUUUUGGUGAUAAUUAGCUGUUUUGUGAUGCCAUUAUUAGCAAUGUUCUACUGCUAUCUGCGAAUUUUCUUCAAAGUGCGUUUCCACAAGAAACAAGUUCAACGAUGGAGUGACAGCAGACAAUCACAGAAAAAUUUUAGGCGCGAAACGAAGACAGCGCAAGUGGUUUUCACGGUGCUUUUCGUUUUUGUUGUGUGUUGGACCCCGUUUGUCAUUGUGCAUUUUCUGCAGUCACUUCCAACGAUAAGCAUUUCACGCGUUGUUUUUCAUUCAGUAACGCUUGUAGCAGGCGUGCAUUCGGUCUGCAACCCAAUCAUCUAUACCACGAUGAACAGAGCGUUUCGUAACGAGUUGCGCCAAGUAUGUCAGUGCGUUGUUUGUGGGCGCGUCAAAUGCUGCGGCGGUGAUAACCUUGUACAGCCCUUUAGUUUGGAAACUAGUUUCACACAAAGAUCAUAAAAAAAAAUAUACCUCUUUGUUGCCAAGCUUACCGCUGCUACACGACAGCGAAGUUGAACAGCUUAUUGCAAUCGUUUUGAUGGAGACAUAACGCAAUACAAACACAAUCAAAUGAAGAAAGCAACGCUAUG